AUGUAUAAUCUCAUUGAUGGUAAAUUUGCUGAGCUGAGGGGGUAUAUUGACAGAUUUGAUGAUAAAGUGUGGGAAAAUGUUGAGAUGAUAUUUUCAAAGAUGGAACAGCAAUUAUUUGGGCUAGAUACUGAAAUAAACCUUGCUGAGUGCCAUGUCAUCCAUUCCACACUAAGAUCAGGCCAGUUAAGGAAGAAGGCCAUCUGUUUCAAUGCUGUAUCAAGGAUAUCAGUUAAUUUCAGUGAUAUUCUCAACCGACGUUACAUGUGUGGCUUCCAGUUUGAUGAUAAUAUCUCAGGCUAUGAGGGUGAUUUGUCAAUUACAAUCCCUCUGAAAGGGUUCAGUGGCCUGCGACUAGUAUCAGAUGGUGAAGGCUUUACAGCCUUGCAGAUAAAGAAUAUAUCAGCUUGGGAACAGAAUUGGUAUGGCUCUGCUCCUGACUCAGGCCAUCUUAUGUUUGCUCAGAUGGAGUGGUCUAGUAGCCAUUCUGUCGAACUUGCCAUCUCUGUUGAUGCCUUUAAAGUACACGCGAUUGCUUAUACAUCAGAUUCACUUCAAAGUCAAUCAGUUGCCUGGGACUCCAAAUUGCCAUCUGAGAGUGUGACAUCAACUGUUCUAGUCAAUUGA